AUGAAUAAGGAAACUGUUAUAAGAAUUGAUAAUCCUAGAAAUGGAGAUAACAGAGAAAGCCAGGGUGUAGUAAACAUUCUGUGUUUAGACAUAACAAAAUAUAAUUUUGGAUUACAAUUCACAUUAUGUUGUUCUUUUGUGUUUAUAUUUUAUUUGGCAUAUGGAUAUUUCCUGGAGUUGAUAUUCGCUGAACCAGAAGUCGCUCCAGUCAGUUUAUAUAUAACUUUCAUUCAGUUUUUGAUCACAAUGGCUUUAAGUAAGGUUGAGUCUACUAUUAGAAGUCCUAUUAAAAGGAAAGUUCCAUUGAGAACAUAUGCUAUAUUAGCAGCAUUGACGCUAGGAACUAUGUCAUUAUCAAAUUUGGCUCUCAGUUACCUUAACUACCCAACACAAUUAAUAUUCAAGAGUUGUAAACUUAUACCUGUGAUGAUUGGCAGUAUAAUUAUAUUGGGAAAGAGAUAUGGAUUUUUAGAUUAUGUAGCUGCUAUUAUUAUGUGUAUUGGAUUAACUAUGUUUACAUUAGCUGAUUCAAAAACGUCACCAAACUUUAACUUUAUAGGAGUAAUAGUUAUAUCUCUGGCAUUACUAUGUGAUGCUAUAAUAGGUAAUGUUCAAGAGAAGGCAAUGAAACAAUUUCAAGCUACAAAUAAUGAAGUUGUUUUCUAUUCCUAUGCUAUAGCAAGUAUAUAUUUAUUGGUUAUCACUGGGGUUAGUGGUAUACUAAAAGAUGGAUUUAUUUAUUGUUCGAAGGAUCCAAUAACAAUGUACUCCAACAUAUUUUUACUUAGCAUUUGUGGGUAUAUGGGCCUUCAGGCUGUAUUGACGCUAGUCAGGAUAUCUGGUGCAACUGUGGCUGUGACAGUUACUACUAUGCGGAAAGCACUCUCUAUUGUUAUAUCUUUCCUUCUGUUUAGCAAGCCUUUUGUAUUUCAGUACAUCUGGUCCGGAGUGCUGGUGGUAUUAGCAAUAUAUUUAAAUCAUUAUAGUAAGAAAAAUCCAAAAUAUGUUCCUAAACCUAUUACCAAAAUAUGGCAGUAUAUUCAAACAUUUUACCAAUCUGAGUAUAGAUAUCUUAAACUUAAGAGUAAAAUGUAUACAGAUACUGUGUAG